UUUUUGUUGUCUGUUGCUACUGACAAUUUGUGUUGGAGAAGGAAAAAAAAAAAUAGACCAAGAAGGAUGAAAAAGUUUCUGUUUAACGAGAUCAAGAGUGAGGACCUCAAGAUCGGAGAUCACAUUUACACGUGGCGACACGGCUAUCUUUACGUCCACCAUGGAAUAUAUAUUGGUGAUGGGAUAGUGAUCCAUUUCACCCCGGCAGCUGGUCGGGAGAUAGGAACAGGAACACUCAUCAAUCGUUUCAUCUUCAGCUCAUCUCCCUCUCGUCGCUCUGAAUCCGAAUGUCCAAGAUGUGGUGAUCAUCCAAGGAACGACGGCGUCAUCUCUUCAUGCCUGGAAUGCUUCCUCUCUGGUGGUAAACUAUACCGUUUUCGUUAUGGUGCCUCACCAGGACUCUGUGUUGCCCAAGUUCGAGGAACGUGCACUUUUGCCCGUUCUGAUCCCUGCGAGGAUGUCCUCCACCGUGCUGAAACUCUUCUCAAUAACGGUUUUGGAAACUAUAACCUUUUCAAGAACAACUGUGAGGAUUUCGCGAUCUACUGCAAGACUGGUAUGUAACAUAUUUUUUCACCCUUACCCUCUGUUUGGAUGGUUGUUUCACGUGGUUCAUUAAUGUACAGUAUGGUGUUAUAUUGUAUUGUACUGUAUUAAUGAACACAAUGUUUGGAUAGA